UGUCUCAUUUCCAACAGCGAUAAACAGAGUAGCUAAUGUGUCACAACUUCACUAGCACUAACAGUGACAUAUCAGCAAGCAAUAUUAUUGUCUCGAUUUUGAUUUCAUGUGCAAAAUGACAUUUGAGGAACUAAGUGGGGAUUAUUCUGCAGAAAGGAUGGAUACAGUGGCAAAAGCAUUGGAAGAUGUUCUCUCAUUGGCAUUACCCCAAGGAUGCAUAACAGUAGGGGUCUAUGAAGCAGCAAAAUCAUUGAAUGUAGAUCCAGAUAAUGUGGUUCUGUGCAUCCUGGCAACAGAUGACGAGGAUGUAAAGGACGUGGCCCUUCAGAUCCACUUCACCCUGAUCCAGGCAUUCUGCUGUGAGAAUGACAUCAGCAUCCUGCGAGUUAACAACACUAGGCGUCUGGCAGAGAUCCUCGGCGGAGGGACACAGGGGGGAGAGCCCCUGGAUCUGCACUGUGUCCUGGUCACUAGCCCACAUUCCUCCUCCUGGAAAGACCCAGCCCUGAGCAAAGUGAACCGCUUCUGCAGGGAGAGCCGGUGCAUGGACCAGUGGGUACCCAUCAUUAAUCUCCCUGAGCGAUGAAGGGUCCCCCCAACAGCAGGACCUGCGAAGGACUCUCUCUGUACGGGAGUAGAGUGAUCCCUGAUGGACACACUACCCUGGGAAAAUUCCUGAUGGAGGAAAAAGAAGACAAACAACCACAAAAUAAAGCAUUUUGAGAAGAAAAAAAGAAGAUCAGAUCCAGCCAUCUAGAUGGGAUACAAAAGGGGGUGGAUUUCCACUGGGACUGGUGGAGUUGAACUCUCAGCUAUGGCAGUCAAGGCGAGAUGACGAGGCACUUUUUAUGUUCAGCCACGAGACCGAAACCGACGUCUGUGCUUUUUAACGGAAGAUGGACACACUAUACAGAAGGAUAAAAUCAUGUAUGGCAGAGCACUUCAUCUUGUGGGGACUUAAAAGAUUGAGAGAAACAAAAAGAUGAGCUCUUGUAGGAACCUUUGUUAAGAAAACCAAGGCCUCUCUCUUUGCAGAAACAGAGCACUUGUAGAAACACUGGACUUGUUGUAUUUUUUUAUUCACAAUGUUGAUGUUGUCUUUACUAUUGUUGUUAUAUAAUUAUUUAAAAAGGGAAGGGCUAAAUAUCUAAUGAACAGUGAAUAUACUAUGCAUUCAGUCAGUGUUUCCAUUGCCAACAGUUUUUUACACAAGUGAAUAGUUCUUUUUUUACAGUUAAGUUAUUUCUUAUGAUAUUUAAAUGUAUUUAUGUUUAUAAUUUUUUUACCAUUAUCUCUCUGCAAUUGUCUGUAAAGACACAGGUGUAUUAUUGUCGUCAAUAAAAACUAUU